CCUAGCAGGUCGUUGCGGCGUUGCCAUGGUAAUGACAAACACUUGGUUGAUAGCUUUUGAUUUGGGGAUUUCAGCGCUCAGCUGCGACGAUGAAGCUCCGAGACUCGGGAGGAAACCAUGUAACCCCCCCACACCUCGCAGAAGCAAAGACGAUAAAAACACUGGAGGAUGAAGAUCAUGCUGGGAACACGAUUCUCAGGGCAGAGCCCCCACAGCAGCUGAGGUCUGCUGCAGCUCACCCCCCCGAUGGGGUCAGACGCUCUGCAGGAAACCCCUGUUUGGUCUCCAGCCUCCAGUUCAAUGAGGACGGGAUGAUUGAGCCACACAGAAUUCUUGGCAGCUUGGAGGAUUUCAGAAAAUAUCUGGAGAACAAAGGGGAGACUCAGCUGCUGAAGCGAAUACCCGAGUCCUCCUUGGAUUGUUCUUCUGAAAGUGCAGGGGAACAGCACUCCAGUGCCCAUGGGUUGGGCCACAGGAACAUCCAGGGCGCGGUCCCCUGGAACAAACAAAUGAGGUCCCAAAAGCAGAGCGCCUUAUCUGGAGUUUCUUCUGCAACAUCUCCACGUCAUCAUUACAACUGCCAGGAAGCAGCAAAGCCAAUUCCAAAGCAGAGACACGUGGGAGCUGGAGUACAGGUCUUGUUUGAGACGCUGACUGGGGAACCAGCUUGGUCUGUCUUGAAUCUUCAUAAUGGAGGCUGCACAGUCAUCUCUUAUUGCUGGCAGAGACUCUCAAAGCGAUGGAGCUUCCAACAGCUGCACUCCCAGGAUGAGAAAAGUCAUUUCUACUUUAAUUCCUCCAGUGGUGUGAUCUGUCCUAGUGAAGAUGUGCGAGUAGAGGUUAUCUUCAUGUCAGAGAAGCCGGGCAUACAAACUGAACACUGGCAGCUAAACACUACUGGAGUCUCCCUGCAAGUGUCAUUGAUUGGAGUAUGUUUGCAACGUGAUCCAACAACAGAGUUGCGGCUUCACCUGAGAGCUAAGCUUGAUAAGAAAGCAGUGAGGGAAACCUGUCAGCUGAUUUUAAGUCAGACACUGGAGAAAAUCUACACCCCAAGAAGACCAAGCAGCCCUCCAUAUCUUCUGGACUUAGAUGAGGAAAAUUUGGGAAGCACAAAGGGAGAAGCAGAGUCAUUAGAAGGACUGAAGAUAAUGUGGAAAGAAGUUAAUGGAAGAGAUGAGUGGGAUCUUUCUGUGGACACCCUCCGACAGUGUGUGAUGUCUCUGCCUGAUGUUGAACUUGUCCGGGGAUCUUCCAUUAGAGAAGAGAGACUCACUGAACUCAACAAAAUACUGCUACAGGGUUCAGAACCAUCAGAGCUGAAACUCCUCCGUCUGACAGCAGUCACUGCAGGGCGACAACUCUGGAGGAAUUUGCUGGAGACCAUGGCUGUGGAGGCGGACAGAAUUCAAGACCUGCUGGGUCUUCCAGAGAACCAAAGGUGGGGCCAUGAGGAGAGAUAUCGAACAGGAGAGGUAACCAACAAACAAAAAAACAGGAACAGGGAGAAGGGGGUUGCUGGAGAGACGAGGAGCAGGUAUACAACUGACAGCAAAGGGGUGUCUGGCCCACCCUUAACAGGUGACCUGCAGGAGAAGGGAGGAAAGAACAGUCCAGAGGGACAGUUAGAAGGCUCAUCCCUCCCCUUCAGAAACCCUUCAGCACAGAGUUUCAGGAGGAUGUUUCUGAGAAAGGUUGUGGAGACAUUGGUGAGGAUGACAGCUGGUGGCUGCAGGUGAGAAGCUGACAAGAGAUAGGAAUACAGGUUCGAGGUCGUGG